AUGUACCACGAAGGUGGUAGAGAGGUGACUGAAGACCUCGAGGCGCAGAUCGCGUUUGGCCAUGUCCGAUUUCAUGUGGAGCGCCUGGACGAAGCGAGCUGCGUGGAUGGCCAACACCAAGUUUUGGUGAAGUGGCUUGGACUUGACGAUGAAGAAUUGUCCUGGGAACCUGCGGCGAAUUUGCUCGACGACAUUCCAGUCGUAUUUCGCAAGUGGGUGGCGUCGAACAAGUAA